AUGAACAUUGAGAUUAUUCCAUUCAUCAUUGGUAUUUUAAUUCUUACAUUAUUCAAUGGAUUAUAUUUGUGUAAUGAAUGGAAACAUGUAAAUAAUCAAUUAUCUAUGCCGUAUAAUCCUUGUCAACCGAAUCCAUGCCAAAACAGUGCUAAAUGUGUAAAUAUUCAAGAUUGGAGUAGAACAACAUCAUUAAAGAAAUUCAACACUUUGUCAGACUAUUACUGUGUAUGUCUCAAAGGAUGGACUGGACAAAAUUGUACGGAAGAUAUUGAUGAUUGUGUUAUUCAUCCUUGUUUAAAUGGCGGUAUUUGUGAAAAUAAACCAAAUAUGAGAUUUUAUUGCCAUUGUCCAACAGGAUAUGUUGGUCAGACUUGUGAAUAUAGAGAUCCAUGUCAACUUAACCCUUGUUUAAAUGGUGGAACUUGUCAGUCUGAUCCAUUUGGUCGGUUUACUUGCAUUUGUCCUCAUUGGUACAAUGGAAUACGCUGUGAACAAGAAAUUAACCCAUGCUAUCCUACAUCUCCAUGUUUGGGGGAGAAGUCAGUUUGUCAUUUAGUGACGUCAAAGAAUAGAACAGUUUCGGGACCGUCGUUUACUAUUCACAAAUCAGAGUAUAUUGUAGAUUUUCUAUGCGAAUGUGACCUUAAUUAUUUUGGUCGUUAUUGUAAUAAGAAGCGAAAUUCAUGCAAGUUUCAUAAUUGUAAAAAUGGUGCAACUUGUUUACAAAAUAAUGAUCAUUUUGUUUGUCUAUGUCCUUUAGGAUUUACAGGAUCAAUCUGUAAUACACCUACAAAUAGAACUAAAUAUAUUUCUUCUAAUAUAAAUACUUUAAUUCAUAAUCAAUCAAUAAAUAUGAAUAUAUUCAAUAAGAAUCUAACAAAUAAUCUAGAAUUAUUCAAUGAUUAUUGUUAUCAAAUUGGAUGUAAUAAAGCAAAAAUUGGUGAUAAUAUAUGUCAAGCAAAUUGUAUCUAUGCAAAUUGUAUAAAUAUAAAAGAUGAAUUAGAAAAUGAUUGUCAAUAUUGGAUUAAUUGUUUACAAACAACUCAAUAUAUUCUAAAUGAUAAUAAUAAUAAUGAUGAUGAUUAUAUUCAAACAACAUGCGUUGAACAAUUUAAAAAUGGUAAAUGUCAAUCGGAAUGUAAUAGAAAUGAAUGUUAUUUAGAUGGUUUUGAUUGUUAUGAAAAUAUAUCGCAGUGUGCGCCAUUUGAAUUCUGUUUACAGUCAUAUGGAGAUGGUGUUUGUCAAUCCCAAUGUAAUACCAUUCAAUGUGGUUAUGAUGGAGGAGAUUGUGAAAAUGAACAAAGAAACUAUUAUUUAUCAAUCAAGUAUAUUUUACUUCAUCUGAAAACAAAUCAAUCAGAAUUUAAGUUGAAUCGUAAUCAGUAUCUGGGAAAUCUAGGUGUAAUUCUUCGGUCUAUUGUUAGGAUUGCAAAGGAUAACACUACUAAAGAACUUUUAUUAGAAGAUAUUCCUAGUAAAAAUCAAAUUAAAGUGCUACUUGAAGUUAUCAGUCAAUCAAAUAUUAACUGCAAAACAAACGAGGGAAAUAUGUGUACGAACGAUAGUGUUCGAUUACUUCAACCAAACGAACUUAAAACUUAUAUUCUUGCCGCAUUAAGUACAAAUCAGUACAAAUCACUUUUUAGUAUAAUCAACUUAAAUUUUGUUGAUUCACCAAGUCACUCACAUUUUAAAGCACCAUGGGAAUUAGACUCUUCAACUGAUACAGGAAUAUCAAAAGAAGCUAUUGGAUUAUACGUUUGUAUAUGUAUUUUAGCUGGAAUAAUUAUUGUAUUAAUUUUAUUCUUGGUAUUUCAACAUGACAAUAACUGGCGAAAACCAUUGAAACGUGUAAAAACGAAAGGUAUCUGGUGUCCACCUGUAUCAUCGAUUUAUUCUAAACCUAAUCAAAUGGAUUUAUUAGGACAACAAUCUUCAGUUUAUUUCACAGGACUUAAAUCAGUUGUAGGAGUUACAGAACCACCUUUAACAACAAUGACAAUAAAUGAAUCAAAAUAUUUUGACAAUAAAUUUAAACAAACUCCAUCAGCUUCAUCAUUUUUUCAAGAUUACUUGAAUUCUUCAACUGCUAAUGAGAAGGAUACAUUCCAUUUGUCAAAUGUCCCAAAGUACAAUCAUGAACAAAUGAUUACUGGAUUCCUCUCAGAUAAGGUUCCUGGAACAGAUGACUAUUCGCCAAAUUGCAAAAAGAAACGUUUUACUCAAAAUGAAAUGAUAUCAGAUAUGUUACCUAAUAGUUCAAAUUUGUUUACUGCUCCCAAGUAUUUGGGAAAUUUAUUCAAUGAAGAUACAGGGAACUUUCAGCCUUUCGGAGAAGAGGAAAAGCACAAACAAGGCAAACGUAAAUUUGAUUUGGAAGACAAAUAUGAUUCACUUUUGCCUCAGGAAAAUUUAAAAAUCACUAUUAAUGAAAGUUUAAAUUUAGAUAGUAGUUAUAGCAAGAAAGAGAAGAUAAAGGCCAUGGGAUCUGAUAACAAAGAAGUUUUUAAAAUAAUUUCAUCAUUGGAUGGUCUACACCCAUGUAAUGUCACUCAGAGAAGUCAAAUUGAACAAGUUUUAGAUGAUAAUAAUGAUCAAAAUAAAGGUGUAGAAAUGUCGUCAAACAAUUAUGGUACUGAAAAUUAUUUGGAUGAUGAUCUAUCAAAGAACGUUGUUGGUGAUCAAAGUCUCCUACAUUUAGCAGCUCAUAUGAAUGUAGGACAUGACAUAAUUAAUAAAAUCUAUCAUAAUGAACAUAAUCAAAGACCUCUUGGUACUUUAUAUGUUGAUUCAUUUGGUAGAACAGCUUUGACUGGAGCGGCUGCUGCUAAUUCUUUAGAAUCAGUCAAGUCGUUAUACCAGCUUGAAAAAGAGGCUCUACUAAAUAAAAAAUCAGUAAAAUCUGUCAAAUCACAUCAAAUUACUGCACCAAAACCAACAUGUCGUUCAAGAAGACGUUAUCAAGUUUAUGAAUCUCGACAGUGUUCACCUAUAAUUGUUGCUAUUCAAGCAGGGAAUGAUGAGGUAGUAAAGUGUUUAUUAGACGAAGGUUGUCCUUACAGCACUGUUGACCAGUAUGGUCGUAACGUUGUACAUUGGGCGGCAGUAACUAAUUCUGUUAAAAUAUUAGCUCAUUUAGCACAGUGUAAAGGUUUUGCUAGAUUAAUGAAUAUGAAGGACGACUGGGAUAGAACACCUAUCAUGUUAGCUAUACGUGAAGGUUGUCAGGAAGCUGUUGAGUUCCUACUAGACAAACAAGCCAAAGUUGAAAUCAUUGACUGUAUGGAAAAUGAUUGUUUAUCAUUAUGUAUAGAGAAAGGUUAUAAAAGAAUACAUGAAAUACUUGUAAAUUACAUCAGAUCAAGAAACUCAGACACAAAGUCGCUAACACGUGAUAAGACAGUGAAUGUUUUUAAAGAGAAUCCAGACGUAAGUAAACAAGAACUGUCACCGAUGUUACAAUCUACACCAUCUAUGGUACCGGUUACGACAGUGAUGACAACUACGCCAGUACGACAUUCAGCAGAGAACAUUUGUCGUAUGAAUGAAUUUGACUGGGUAAGUUUAAGUGAUGACCAAGUUUCAGAAGACUAUAGUGAUUGUGAUCAAUUCACGGUAGAUAUGACUAAAGAUUUUAAUUGA